CAACAGGACCAGGUCUUUGCUUUGAUUCUGGCGCGAAUCAGAAAAAGAAAAAGAAAAAGAAAACGAGAAGACCUCGCGCCGCCCCUCCCCGUCUUCUCGUGGCGGCGCCCAGCCGUCGACUGCCCCGCCGCCAUGUCGACCUGCGGCUACCACUCGCCGCUCUUCUCCGAGGAUAAUACUUGGCUCCCGCAAUGGCUUCAGCCGCAUCGGCAGCCGACGGUCGGUGAACACCGAAGAGACAGCGACGGCAUUUCGUCGCCACCUUGUGAGAACUGUGUGUAUAUUGGGGAUCCUGUGCAAGAGCAACAGCAUUGUCACAAUGCCAUGGCAAAUGCUGGUGGUUACAGCGGGUUACGUUUGCAUUUGUCAGGAGAUGAGGAUACACCUGCUGCAAGUAUUCGAACAGGCAGAGAGGUACGGCCUUUCUCUUUGCACCUUUCAUCAGAAAGUACUGCACAACUCUCCUCAGCUAGAGCCAAUGUUGUCCCUCAGAUUAUAAACUCCGGUACAUGCAGUGGAUCAUUAGAGGGAUCUUAUGUUGAUGGUCAAGGACAAGAGAUCAAGGCUGUGCCCCAAUAUCAAUUGGAAGCUAAAGGCUUCAAGGAUGAUAAGCUACUAGAAGUUUGUAGAGUGCCUAGCAAGGAUAUCAUUAAACCGCUUGGUGCAAGAAGACAUCAGUUAUCUGGUGGAAAGGUUGAUGUUCAGAAGCUCCGUAAUGUAGAUGCUAACGAUGCAGUUGAGCUAUCCAUUGCUGCCUCCGAGGCUAUUCUUAUUGCAGAAAUGAUCAUUAAUGAUUGCCAGCCUGAUAAGUUGGCUGCAGCUGCCUUGGAAUCUGCUCUGCAUGUAAAAGAAGCUCGGAAACAGUAUUGUCUUGAGGAGACAGAACAUGAUUGUGGAUCCUUUGAAAAUGAUCUAGAUGAGAGGGAUUGGCUUGCAGAAUUGGAUGAGGUCGAGAUGCUUGAUGCAUUCGAAGAUGUUGGCCUGUCUACUGUUCAAACAGCUUGUUCAUCUCAAGGCUACAACACAAUUGAUAUAAAACGGCACAUCUCACAGCCUAGUUGUGCCCCACGUGAUAUGGAGGAGCGCAUCUCAGACAUUUGUUCUUCCUGGGAGCAAAAUACAAAAUGGCACAGCCAAGAUGCUAAUACUUAUGACCAUGUACCUGAUUCUUUGGCAAAUAAUAAUAACUCAGCUGGUAACCUCCCGAAUGAAUCAACUCCAGGAUGUGAUUCUGUAAAGCAACCAGCUAUAGGUAGCUUUGGGACUCCAGUAAGAGGUCAAAGUAUCAUUAAGGAAUGUGGAAGAGUUGUUGAAGAGACAAAUGUUGGUGGUGGCACAAGGAAGCAUAUUAGAACUAGCUUCAUUUCUGAGUCAAUGGAUACCACAAAUGAGUGCUCCCCUGCACCUAGAGCAAGAUCCAUAGAAAUGGUUGCGUCUUCAAGAGCAUCUUUUCCCCGCAAAACUGAAGGUUUCUACGAAGAGAAUCAAAGUGCAGAGUCGUGCUACCAAGUAGUAUGCUCAAGCUUAUCACUUGGGGAUCCUCUCUGUUCAUUUGUUCCAUGUAGCAUAUCUUGCAAUGAAGUUUCCCUUAGUCAAGCUCCUGAAUGCAAACAGAGGAAUGGUGAUCAGGGAGAAACAAUAUAUCCCAAGGAAUCUCUCAAGAAAGAUCUGGAUUUAGAAGCCGAUCCAUCUUCUUCGCCUUUAGAUAAGGCACCAGAAUCAGUCAAUCCAUCUUAUGUACCUUUAGAUAAGGCACCAGAAUCAGCCGAUCCAUCUUAUGUGCCUUUAGAUAAGACACCAGAAUCUGGUCCAUGGAGACGCAGAAUAUACAGUUCACUCAGGCAUUUUAGUACUUCAGAACCUAUAUCAGACAUAUUGGGAGGUAGUACGACUCAUAAUGAUAUUGACGCGGCAGUUUGUCAGAAGAAGAGGGGCACACCAAUAACCUUAAAUAAGAAGAUACAGCGUGUGCAAGCCUCUAAUCAAUUCAUAGAAAACAAUGCUGAAGCUGGAAGCUCGAAAGAAUUUUCUUUGGUUCAGAAGAAGUCAUCUCAUGCUCAGGAUAAAGAUGAGCAUCAAAGCAGAGAGAAAUAUGUACCAUCAGAAGUUUGUCCUCAAUCAACAUGUUUAAAUGUUGGUAAACGAGACCUUAAAAGAAAAGGAGCCCAAUUAUUGAAUCCUAAACUUAGUACUAGACAAACCAAGAGCAGAAGGUUUAAAUCUCGAUUCAGCUGGUCAGAUAGCAGAACUGCUGACAUGCUGGAGCCCAGAGAAUACAUUGACAAAAAGGAAGCCAUAUUUCAUGGACUAGAGUUUCUGUUGACUGGAUUGCAAAGUCAUAAGGAAAAAGAGAUUGAAUCUGCAAUUCGAAAAUUUGGAGGUUGUAUUCUUUCCAAAGUGCCACCCUGUACAUUUGAUAAAAGAAGCAAGCUGGCAGAGUUUGCAAGGUGGAAGCCUCCCGUGGUUCUUUCCUCUAAAAAGGUAUCAACGGCUAAGUUUUUAUAUGGUUGCGCUACGGAUUCCUGGAUUUUGAAUCCCAAUUGGCUUUUCGAUUCUAUUGAAGCUGGUGUCCUUUUGCCACCUGGAAAGUAUUUAAUUCGACAAAGGCAUGCAGUAAAGGAGAGUUUAACAUUUGGCCAGUCAGUUCACCUCCGAAAUGACAGAUUGGUAUUUCGUGGAGUAGGAUUCUUGAUCCAUGGCAAAAUCAGUUUCUGUUCAAAAUUUUCCAACAUUAUCAAGCAUGGAGGUGGCCAAGUCUUUGUAUCUCUGGAAGGAUUAAUUCGAAGCUUGAAGGACAGAAGUUCUUCACAUGGAAUCAUUCUUGUUGCAAAUGAGGCGAGUGCAUCACGUCAUCUAAGCCAUUGCGGAAUGGAACAUGACAUUAAAACAGUGCCAGCAAGCUGGAUCAUAAGCAGUCUAUUUUCUGGUAAGCUGAAUCCCCUGAAGAAAGAUCGCUGCGCUUCAUUCCGUCGGAUUAAGAUGCCAUCAUUCCAACCACGGCAUGGAGCAUUUGACAUGAGUCAAGAAAUAUAAAAUUCAGGUCGGUCAUGUAGCUGCGUCGUAUCGUAGCAUCCCAUGAGAACCUUCAAUAAGUAUUGUCAACAAAUAACUGGAGCACAGUCCUUCCCAUGCAAUGGCAUGUUCCUAUCACGAUUUGGAUUCACCCAUGGUGGCUGAUGCCUAUUGUUUUCAUCAUUUUGCAAACACGGAGAGGUAUCUGAUGUCAAAGCACCUGUAAUCUUGACAUGGUGUACAGCCAUGUACAGCUGCCUAUACUCCAGCAAGACCAAGGGCUAAGCUACCGAGGCGUAUAGGUCCAGCAUCCGUCCUUAGCUAUAUUGCUCAUUUAUCCAGAAAAUGAGGGCAUGCGUUUGGACUAAUCCUCAACAGGGGAAAGGGACUGCUCACUGCACUCAGUCCCCUUGCAUGUAUUUUUAAGAAUACUUGUUGAUGUUGUCGUAAUGAAUUUGUAGAUAAAAAAUACUAGAGAAAAUAUAAAAAUCAUAGCCGACCGAUUUAUGUACUAUGCCA